CAUGUUACAGGAGGAACACAAAAUCGUCAUUUCUUGUUUCUUCCGGGAGCAGUCGCAGCUGCACUCAUGAACCUCCACAACAACGCUGAAUAAAGGAUUAAACAGCCGUGUUUAAUAGGAUAAUAGCGAUUAAUCAUUAAUUCACAUCCUGCUGAAUUGUUUUUAUCGGUUUGAAUUAGUCCAGAUGCCUCUAUAUUGUAGUCGUUUCAUGGUCGCACCCUGCAAACGGACCUUGGGAGACGUUGUUCCUGACCACAGCUACAGAGUGUUCAGGCGAUACUGGAGAAAGUUGUGGCAUCCAGGGAGGCCCUAUACUGGCUCAGUGACUUCAAGCCCUGAUUCUGAGUUCAGUAAUUCAGAGAUGUCGACCCAAAGUGAGAAACCCUUUCACACACCGGUCAUGGUGAAGGAAGUGUUGCAGUUUCUGGACAUCAAACCAGGGCAGGUGGUCCUGGACUUGACCUUUGGGGCCGGAGGUCACUCGAAAGCCAUCCUGCAGUCGGUUCCCGGUGUAACGGUGGUGGCAGCAGAUCGUGACCCCACAGCUUUCCAAAUGGCUCAGCGUUUAGCUGAAGUAUACCCGGGCCAGGUGAAACCAGUACUAGGGAGGUUCAGUGAGCUGAAUAACCUGCUCCCAGCACUGGGUUUGGGUCCAGGAGGUGUGGAUGCUGCCCUUCUGGACGCUGGAUGCUCCUCCAUGCAGAUGGAUUCAGCAGAGAGGGGCUUCUCCCUCAGCAAGGAUGGACCGCUGGACAUGAGGAUGGAUGGAGACAGGUACCCCGACAUGCCCUGCGCGGCUGACGUGGUCAACGCCUUGGAUCAACAGGCGCUUGCGUCCGUGCUGGCCACGUAUGGGGAGGAGCGGCACACCAGGAAAAUUGCGGCGGCCAUCGCACAGGCACGCAGCGUCUACCCCAUCGGCCGGACCUUGCAACUGGCCAGCAUCGUAGCAGGAGCGUUUCCAGUGAGCGCGUUGUACGCCCGGCGUGACCGCCUGCAGCGCCCUUCACACGUUGCCACCAAAACCUUCCAGGCCUUACGGAUAUUCGUGAAUGACGAGCUCAAUGAGUUGCACGCCGGCCUGCGUGUGGCGCAGACCCUGCUCCGUCCCAAGGGGCGACUCUGUGUUCUCACUUUCCACUCCUUGGAGGACCGGCUGACCAAGCGUUUCCUCCGUGGAGAGGACCUGGCCGCCCCACCGCGCCGCAGCCUUCGCCAGCGAGCCAAAGCCCGGCUUGGGUUAGAGGGAGAGGAGCAUGAGGAGGAGGAAGAGAACGAAGAAGAGGAGAAGGGACGAGAGAGCAAAUAUUGGGUCAGUCUGAAGAAGGUGAUAAAGCCAAGUGAGGAAGAGGUGCAGGAGAACCCAAGAGCUCGAUCAACUAAACUCAGAACAGCAGUAAGACGAUAGAGAACAACGCAAACACAAACAGAUGCUUUUUACUAGAUUACUAAGGAAAGAAAGUACAAAGCUGUCACUGGGGAGGUAGCCUAAGGUACAAAAGCUAAAAUGUAGAUCUUUGCACCUUAUUGACCCCUAAAUGGUUCGUAUUAGUAUUUUAAAGGUACAUAUUAUUUCCUAAAGUGUACAUAUUAAUACCUUUUGAAAGGGUACCAGCCCAGUGGCAGUUUGUCCUUUUUUUCUGGGUGUGUACACGUGUAGUUUUAUUCACAUCAGUGUGUUUGUCAUUUUGAAGUAGUACAAAAUAAACAAUAGAACUCCAGAA